CAUCAUAAAUAAAACAGUCUAUGGGAAGAAAGCAAUCCAGUUAAAAAGAAUACAAAGAUGGGUCAUUUUGUUGGACAACAGUUAAACAUCCCUGCCACGCAAGCAACAACUGACUUAGAACGCCAGGAUACAUUUUAAGGGAAUAGUGCAAUAUGACAGAAAAAGACAGACGUAAAAUCCAUUUUAACUCCAAAUCUCUAAACACUAAAAACACGGUGGAAGGACAUCAAUAAUUGCACAAAUGGAAUAUUACAGAUGUCAGUGACUGUAAAAUUUGAAAACAAAACCUGGGACUCUUGAACUAUAUACUCCGUUAUGGAAGUGGGGCAAACCAUCACUACCUUGCUGUCACAAAAAGAACUACUUGAGCAAGAGAAUGAGGAGCUGAAGUCGGAGAUCACUGAUUUAAAAAGCAGAAUGCAGAGUUUCAGUGAAGUUCUGGGCGAGUCAACAUUGAGAAAACCACCCAAUCUGUGCCAGAUUACGUGCGAUGAGAUGGAGUUCCAAAAGGUUUUGCAACACACAAAACAUAAAAAUGAACCGCGAACAUCGUCUCCCACUGACUUCAGGUCGUUCAUUAAAAACUCGUUCUGCAUAGACACCAGUGACGCAAGCUCUCCAGCUGAUUAUUCUACGGAUUUUAAAGAAAGAAUCCUUGGAGAAAUUGCACAUCAGCUGGAUCGGAGUAUCCUGUCCCAUAUCUUCCAGGGUCAAAAAAGAUUUUAUGGUUUCACAAUAUCCAACAUUCCAAGCAAGAUAAUAGAUGUAAGCACGCAUCCAUUGACGGGGAAAGUAGAUGAAGGUUAUCGGUUUCACCUCACUCAGAGGUACAAUGAUCUCAUGGAGCAGUUGAAUGAGUUGGGCUACAAAACAAAUCUUCACCCCAUAUUCACUGAAUUUGUGGUGAACACCUACGGCAUCCUCAGAGAUGGAAGACAGGAAAUACGAACGAUGAAAUACACUAAUCCUGAGACUCUAAGAAAGAUAAUAUUGACCACAGCACCACUAAAGAUCCGUGAGGACCUGCUACUUGUGCUUACCUGCCUUUGUCACAUGUCAGAAAGGAACAAGAAACCGCUUUUUUGCUUUUACAGAUGAGUUGUUUUUUUUUUAUUUACCCUAGGAAAAAU